AGGCUGCUUUGAGGCUGGGUCAGGGAACAUUUGCCACUUUACGAGGAAAAGCUGAGGCUCAGAAAAGAUUAAUAUCACACCACCCAGGGGCUCCCCAGCCUCUGGCAGCAAUUAUGUCCACACUAACUUCCCCUUCAGAGCAAUGUGAGCUUCAGGGUGUCUCCAUCCCUACCCCAGGGCACAUCAAGUGUCCCCACUGAAACUUUCCAGCACCUGCCCACUACAUAGGCCAGAGUAAGGGGCCUGACAUUUCACCCAGGGGGCCUGAGGCCUGGCUCCACCCCCAUUCCUGCCACUGGGUCUCAGGUCAGGCUCUAGCAGGCCUGGGGUGGGGGUGUGGAGGCAGAGCCACCCAAUCCCGUAGGGACAGGUUUCACAACUUCCCGGAUGCGGCUGUGGUGGGUCACAGUGCAGCCUCCAGCCAGGAGAAUGGGGUGGUUCCCACUGCUGCUGCUUCUGACACAGUGUUCAAGGGUCCCUGGGCAGCGCUCGCCCUUGAAUGACUUCCAGGUGCUCCGGGGUACAGAGCUGCAACACCUGCUACAUGCAGUGGGGCCUGGGCCUUGGCAAGAACAUGUGGCAGAUGCUGAGGAGUGUGCAGGGCGUUGCGGGCCCCUACUGGACUGCAGGGCCUUCCACUACAAUGUGAGCAGCCACGGCUGCCAACUGCUGCCAUGGACCCAAUACUCACCUUAUACACAGCUGCAACGUUCAGGGCGCUGUGAUCUCUUCCAAAAGAAAGACUAUGUGCGGACCUGCGUCAUGGACAAUGGGGUCAAGUACCGUGGUACGGUGGCCAUCACCACUGGCGGCCUACCCUGCCAGCGCUGGAACCAUAGGUUCCCCAAUGACCACAAGUACACGCCCACACUCGGGAACGGCUUGGAGGAGAACUUCUGCCGAAACCCCGACGGGGACCCAGGAGGUCCCUGGUGCUACACGACAGACCCUGCAGUGCGCUUCCAGACCUGUGGCAUCAAGUCCUGCCGGGAAGCCGCUUGCGUUUGGUGCAAUGGCGAGGAGUAUCGCGGGGCAGUGGACCGCACCGAGUCGGGACGCGAGUGUCAGCGCUGGGACCUGCAGCGGCCACACGCGCACCCCUUUGAGCCCGGUUCCUUGACAAAGAUCUGGACGACAACUAUUGCCGGAAUCCGGACGGCUCCGAGCGGCCCUGGUGCUAUACCACCGACCCGAAGGUGGAGCGAGAGUUCUGCGACCUCCCUCGCUGCGGUAGGGCACGGGGGCGGGGCCUGGGAGGGCACCCAGGAAACGUGGGGGCGUGGCCUGACUGCAGAAAGAGGAGCGACUGGGCGUGACCCGGAGGUGGACCCACUGGAGUUGGCCUUGGCCUCAGCCCCAGCCCGGGUCUCAGCUCCCGCUCAGGCUCCGACCAGCCUUGGUCCAUCCAAGGGUCGGAGGCACAGCCGCGCCACGAGGCCACGACGCUCAGUUGCUUCCGCGGGAAGGGCGAGGGCUACAGGGGCACGGCCAACACCACCGCCGCAGGCGUACCCUGCCAGCGGUGGGACGCGCAGAACCCCCAUCAGCAUCGUUUUGCUCCGGAGAAAUACGCAUGCAAGGACCUUCGGGAGAACUUCUGCCGGAACCCCGACGGCUCGGAAGCGCCUUGGUGCUUUACGUCACGGCCUGGCAUGCGCGUGGCCUUCUGUUACCAGAUCCGGCGUUGCGCCGACGACGUGCGGCCUGAGGCCAUCCCCGCCCGUCACAGACUGCUACCACGGCGUGGGGGAGCAGUACCGCGGCUUGGUCAACAGGACCCGAAAAGGUGUCCCGUGCCAGCACUGGUCCACAGAGAUGCCACACAUGCCGCAGUUCACACCCACCUCUGCCCCCCACGCGCAUCUGGAGGAGAACUUUUGCCGGAACCCGGACAGGGAUAGCCAUGGGCCCUGGUGCUACACUACGGACCCAGGUACUCCGUUCGACUACUGUGCACUGCGACGCUGCGAUGACGACCAACCACCGUCCAUCCUGGAGCCCCCAGACCAGGUGGUGUUUGAGAAGUGUGGCAAGAGGGUGACCCGCCUGGACCAACAGCGCUCCAAGCUGCGUGUGGUGGGGGGCCAGCCUGGGAACUCGCCCUGGACAGUCAGCUUGCGCAAUCGGCAGGGCCAGCAUUUCUGCGGGGGUUCCCUAGUGAAGGAGCAGUGGGUACUGACGGCCCGGCAGUGCUUCUCCUCCUGCCAUAUGCCUCUCAUGGGCUAUGAGGUGUGGUUGGGCACCUUGUUCCAGAACCCACAGCCGGGAGAGCCAGGCCUGCAGCAGGUCCCAGUGGCCAAGAUGGUGUGUGGGCCCUCCGGCUCCCAGCUUGUUCUGCUCAAGCUGGAGAGACCUGUGACCCUGAACCAGCGAGUGGCACUCAUCUGCCUGCCCCCCGAGAGGUAUGUGGUGCCACCAGGUACCAAGUGUGAGAUCGCAGGCUGGGGUGAGACCAAAGGUACAGGGAAUAACAAAGUCCUAAAUGUGGCCUCGCUGAAUGUCAUCUCCAACCAGGAAUGUAACAUCAAGCACAGAGGACGCAUACGGGAGAGUGAGAUGUGCACUGAGGGACUCUUGGCCCCUGUGGGAGCCUGUGAGGGUGACUACGGAGGCCCACUUGCCUGCUUUACCCAUGACUGCUGGGUCCUGGAGGGAAUUAUAAUCCCCAACCGAGUGUGCGCCCGGCCCCGCUGGCCAGCCAUCUUCAUGCGUGUCUCUGUGUUUACGGACUGGAUUCACAAGGUCAUGCGGCUGGGCUAGGCCCAGCCUUCAAUCCCAUUUACUUUGGAGAGAGAACAAAGGUUGUUGUCAGACAUAAAGCUGCCUCUCCUCUUUA